UUUGUUAGUUGACACACCAGUACUCAAGCCUCAUAUACUGUACAGCUAUUUACCUUUUUGAAGGCCAAGAGGGUAGCCUCUAGCCGAGUGGUGCUAUCACUGAUGGCCAUGGUGCUCAUCUGCUGGCCCAGCAGCAGAACAGCAGGGUGGACGUCCUUGUCCGCAUGGGUGAUGUUGACGCCCUUUGCCAUGGCCAGGUGGCUAAAGUAAUCUGGAAUCGUCGGCUUCACUUCCUUGGGCGCUGCUGGCACUGGUGCAGCCGAUCGCGGCGCGGGAAUCUUUCCAUGCUGGGCUCCGGCCUGUGUUCCAUCUUGUUUUGGCUUCGGUUUGCUGCCGCUCUUUGCGUCGCUCUGGGCUGGCGCUCCCGCAGGUGGUUGGGGCUGUGUGGCUUUGGCGGCCGCUCUUCUCGCAGCCUUUUCCUCCUUUGCCUUCUUCUUCAGCUCGGCGCCGGAGAGCUUCUUCUCACCGGCAGGUUCAGCUGCUGCGCCGGCCUUGGCCUGGUCUUUUGACGCCUUCUUCUGGUCUCCCUGCGCUGCCUGAUCCUUCUUCUCUACUGGGGCCUCGCUUUUGGGCGCGGGCUGUCCUCCUUCUGCCGCCAUUAGGAGGGAGAGUUUGCGACAGGGAGGGAGGA